AAACAUCCGGAAAAGUGGGGCGGGGCCGGAAGUGGAAGAAGGCGGCGGCUGAGUCGGUUCAGAAGGUUUUAGAGCCGGAGUGCGAGCUUCAGGUGCCAUGGGCUGGGUAAAGGCGCCCUGAGGGGACUUGAGGCUGUGCAUGGCGGGUGCUCGGGCCGCCGCCACCGCCUCGGCGGGUUCCACCGCCUCUUCGGGCAGCCCGCCGCCUCAGGAGCCGGGGCUCUGGGAGCUACUGGAGGAGUUCUCCCGGACUCAGUACCGUGCCAAGGACAGCGGCGGGAAGAGUGGCUCUAAGGUUGAACGCAUUGAGAAGAGAUGUCUGGAGCUAUUUGGCCGUGACUACUGUUUCAGCGUGAUUCCAAAUGUGAAUGGUGAUAUCUGCGGCCACUACCCCCGCCACAUCGUGUUCCUGGAGUAUGAGAGUUCUGAGAAAGAGAAAGACACGUUUCAGAGCACUGUGCAGGUGAACAAGCUGCAAGACCUCAUUCACCGAAGCAAGAUGGCCAGGUGCAGAGGUCGGUUUGUCUGCCCAGUGAUCCUGUUCAAAGGCAAGCAUAUUUGCAGGUCGGCCACACUGGCUGGAUGGGGAGAGCUGUAUGGACGCUCUGGAUACAACUAUUUUUUCUCAGGGGGAGCAGAUGAUACCUGGGCAAAUACAGAAGAUGUCACAGAAGAGGACUUUGUUCUUCGAAGUGGUGACACGCACCUUUUUGAUAAGGUGAGAGGCUUUGAUAUCAAACUGCUUCAAUACCUAUCUGUCAAGUACAUCUGUGACCUGAUGGUGGAGAACAAGAAGGUGAAGUUUGGCAUGAAUGUGACCUCCUCUGAGAAGGUGGACAAAGCCCAGCGCUAUGCAAACUUCACUCUCCUCUCUAUUCCAUAUCCAGGCUGUGAAUUCUUCAAGGAAUAUAAAGAUCGGGAUUACAUGGCUGAAGGGCUCAUAUUUAACUGGAAGCAGGACUACGUCGAUGCCCCAUUGAACAUCCCCAACUUCCUGACUCAAUCUCUGAACAUUGACUGGAGCCAGUAUCAGAGUUGGGACCUAGUACAACAAACACAGAACUACCUGAAACUGCUGCUUUUCAUCAUGAACCGAGAUGAUGACAGCGGGCUGCUGGUACACUGUAUCUCGGGCUGGGAUCGGACCCCCCUCUUCAUCUCUCUUCUACGCCUUUCCUUGUGGGCUGACGGGCUAAUUCACACAUCCCUGAAGCCUGCUGAGAUCCUCUACCUGACUGUGGCCUAUGACUGGUUCCUCUUUGGACACAUGUUGGUAGAUCGGCUCAGCAAAGGGGAGGAGAUUUUCUUCUUUUGCUUCAAUUUUUUGAAGCAUAUCACCUCCGAAGAGUUCUGUCUGAAGACCCAGAGGAGGAAGAGUUUGCCAACUCGGGAUGUAGGCUUCACUGUGGAAGAUAUCUGCAUGUUGAGACACAGAGAUCGAGGCAGCACAACCAGCUUAAGCAGCGACUUCUCCCUGGUCUUGGAGCACUCACCUGGAGCCGUGGGGAGCUUCAGCUAUGAGACUGUGGAACUUGCCCCGGCAGGAGCACCAACUCAGGCAGCUUGGAGGAAGAGUCACUCAUCCUCCCCACAGAGUAUGCUCUGGAGCCGGCCACAGCCCUCUGAGGACCGCCUACCUUCACACCAUGGGCUCACUGAAGCCAAGUCUUCUAGCUCUUCAUCCUCAAACCAUUCUGACAACUUUUUCAGGAUGGGCAGCAGUCCUCUUGAGGUCCCCAAACCCAGAUCAGUGGACCAUCCCCUGCCCGGAUCCUCUCUCUCCACAGACUUUGGCAGCUGGCAGAUGGUAUCGGGCUGUGGCAGUAUUCAGGAACGGCCUGUCCUGCACACAGACUCCUCUCUCCCUUUCAGCUUCCAGGAUGAGCUCCCUAACAGUUGUCUACUUACAGCUCCGAGUGACCGGGAGACACGGCUGCAGGAGGUGCGGUCUGCCUUCUUGGCUGCAUAUAGCGGCACAGUGGGGCUUCGAGCAGCAGCCCCCAGUCCCUCUGGUGCCAUCGGGGGCCUACUAGAACAGUUUGCCCGUGGUGUUGGGCUCCGGGGCACAAGCACCAGCACCUUGUGAAGCUAGCUAACAGCCUACAGCCAUUUUCUGCCCCUGUCUCAGCUGAGCCCUCGGUGGAAUCAAGCCAUGCCUGGCAAAAGGGGCCCUUGGAGAGCAGGGGAACUCUCCCAGCCCCUUUCUAUGUUAUACACAUGGCAGCCCCAAACCUGAGCAGGCCUGAGGUUGGGACUUUCUACCUCCCAACCUCCUGACUGGUGACCACUCUCAUCACUGCCUCCCACCAACCCUGGUCUUUGGAUUACUGUUGACUCAGAACUGUGUUGGAGAGUAUGGGGGUUCCAAGGGCCUCGUGGAGACUAUAAUGUUGGAAGAAAAAAAAACCCAUUCUUCAAUUUUUGUUUCCUGGGAAGGAGAGUCACCUGCACUGAAAAUGAGGCAAUUUCACACUAAUCACAAAAUAAAAAGUUUUUUGAAUGGC